ACCCCCACCCAGCUGCUCCGCUUUUAGCCAUUGCUCUGGUAAUCAUAGGGACUGUGGGCGGCUGCACAGGAGAAUGAGGAGGGGGUUUCACCAGCAGGCCUUGCGCCGGGGGUGGGUGCCUCAUCACUGUCACUGUCUGUCUAAAGGCCAGUUACCUUCCCCCGUCCCAAAGCCAGCCAGCCAGCCAGCCAGCCAGCCAGCCAGUAUAGAGCCAGCAACGCAGCUGCUCACUCAGUCAGUCUUGGAAGAAAGUGGACACUUUGGGAUUCUGUCCAACUUCCAAUAACAUAUUGUCUUCUAGGCAGAGGUGCCGGAUACACCUGAGACGCCGUGAUGACUCGCGACUCUGAACAGAGUAUCUGCCAGGCGCGAGCCGCCGUCAUGGUGUACGACGACGGAAACAAGAAGUGGGUCCCAGCGGGGGGGUCCACUGGAUUCAGCAGGGUCCACAUCUACCAUCACACCGGGAACAACGCCUUCAGGGUGGUGGGCCGCAAGAUCCAAGACCACCAGGUGGUGAUAAACUGUGCCAUUCCCAAGGGGCUGAAGUACAAUCAGGCCACGCAGACCUUCCACCAGUGGAGAGACGCCCGGCAGGUCUAUGGCCUCAACUUUGGCAGCAAGGAGGACGCCAAUGUCUUUGCCAGUGCCAUGAUGCACGCUCUGGAGGUGCUCAACUCCCAGGACUCAGGCCCCGCCUGUCCCCGGCAGGGACCCCAGGUUCAGAAUGGCCCCUCUUCUGAGGAGGUGGACCUGCAGAGAAGGCAGCUUCAGGAGUCGCAAAGGCAGAAGGAGAUCGAACGAGAGCAUCAGGAGCUGGAGCGCCAAGAGAGGGAGCGCCAAGAGAGGGAGCACCAAGAGAGGGAGCGAGGAGAGAGGGAGCGAGCAGAGAGGGAGCGCCAAGACAGGGAGCGCCUGGAGCGCGAGAGAAAGGAACGUGAACGUCAGGAACGUGAACGCCAGGAGUAUGAAGCAGAGCGGGAGGCUCAGGCGGAGAGGGAGCAACAGGAGCAGCAGGAGCAGCAGGAGCAACAGGAGCAGCAGGAGCAGCAGGAGCAGCAGGAGCAACAGGAGCAACAGGAGCAGCAAGAGCAGCAAGAGCAGCAGGAGCAGCGCAGCGGGAGAGAGCUGCUGGAGAGGGAGCACGAGCAGCUGGACAGAGAGCAGCAGGACUGGGAGAGAGGAAGACGCAUCUCAAACGCAGCCUUCGAAAGCACCCUGUACACCCCGACACCUCAGGAAUACAGCAGGACGUCCUCCACGCCCGUAUCCCCUCCCUCACCCUCCUACCCGGCCCCGGGUCACACUUGCCCUGCUCCACCACCACCCCCCCCCACCCCACCCUUAAGGCAUUCAGCCUCCCGGUUCGCCACCUCGUUGGGUUCUGCCUUCCACCCGGUCCUGCCUCACUACGCCACGGUGCCAAGGCGACAGCAAGCGCCUCUUCCUGCCCCCUCACCCACCCCCCCGCCCAAGUCUGUGGUGUGGUCAGCAUGCAACUUCACUCCACUGCCCCCCUCACCCCCUGUUAUGACAAGCAGCCCCCCAGGGAAGGCUGCAGGCCUAAGACCAAUAGUCCCGAUCGCUGCCCCCUCCCCUCUCACCCAGAAGCCCCCCUCACCGGCCCCCAACGGCCCGCCAUGUUCCCUGCACCUUCUCCAGUGACUAUCCAACACAGCCACACCCCUACCGGCAUCGCCUGCCCCCACCCCGCCUCCACCACCUACUCCGCCCCCUCUCCCCUCCCCCUUCGUCUUGUCUCCCCCAUCCUCAUCCCAGGCUCCUGGUGUGCCCUCUCCCUCCACAGCACCCCCUGCUGCAGCCGCCACCACCUCUACUGAGCUCUGCUCCCCCCCAGAGGGCCUGGGCCUGUCUGGGCCAGGGGGGUCAAACAUCUUCACAGAGGGGGGGGGCUCGUCCUGUCAGCCCCAGGAUGAGGUACAGACCCCAGAGUGGAUCGCCCCCACCCCUCCACCACCUCCACCCCUGCCUCCCGGCUCUGCUGUGACCUCCAGCCCAUCCACCCCAGCCGGCCACCCUCCCCCACCACCACCCCCACCCCCUCAACUGGCCCCUACAUUGACUCCAGGGACCCCUUUUCCACCACCAGGUCCACCUCCUCCUCCCGGACUCCCGCUGCCUCCGCCGCCCCCCCCCCCUCCCCCGGGCCUGUUCUCUCCUGCAGAGGAGCGUCCCAUCUCAGGCCUGGCCGCCGCCCUCGCUGGAGCCAAGCUGCGCAAAGUGCAGAGGAGUGAUGAUGCAGGCGCUUCUUUGGCUGCAGCCAUGUUGGGGGCUGGAGGGCCCGCAGGGGCCAAAUCUGAAGUCAGAGGCAACGGCCCUCUGUCUGGAGGAGGCGGGCUCAUGGAGGAGAUGAGCGCCCUGUUGGCCAGGAGGAGAAGAAUUGCAGAUAAGGGCUCGUCCCCUGAACCUGACCAGAGAUCAGAAGAAGGUGAGAUCAGCACCACCCCUAAAGUGUCUGCCUGUAGCACGCCAGACAUGCCAAGGAAGCCAUGGGACAGAACUAACACCAUGAAUGGUAGCAAAUCUCCAGUAAUUGGAAGACUAGAGUCUUCGUGGAGACAUCCCACUGGAUCAGAGUCCUGCAGCAGGUAGAGAGUGUGAUAUCCCUCCUCUCUGAUACAAUGAUGGGGGUGUGCCGUGAUGGAGAGGGUGUUUUUAUGAAACCUUUGGACAGGCUCCUGUGUGUCUUGUCUUCUGUUCUUACUGAUGUCUAUCUUUCUAAACCAUUCAUCGCUAACCUAACAAUUCCUAGUUCUUCCUAACUGUGAAAUCCAAAUGUGUAUGUCACGUACUGUACACUAACCCGAUCAUGCACAUAGAAAUGUGUGUCCGCCCAGUGCACAGCAGACUUGGCACAUUAUUAUCACUGUAGAGCAGAGCGAGCAGGCGCCCACAGAUAAGGCUGCGUGUGUGUGUGUGUGUGUGUGUGUGUGUGUGUGUGUGUGUGUGUGUGUGUGUGUGUGUGUGUGUGUGUGUGUGUGUGUGUGUGUGUGUGUUGUGUGUGUGUGUGUGUGUGUGUGUGUGUGUGUGUGUGUGUGUGUGUGUGUGUGUGUGUGUGUGUGUGUUAGAGCAAACCAGAUGGUCGCUUCCGGUUCCAGCUUAAUGAAAGUAUCCUAAUAUGUGACUUACAGAGAGCUGAGCACACUAAUUAUUUCAUGGUAAUAAUAAUAAUAAUAAUAAUUCAUUUAUUUUAUAUAGGCGCCUUUCAAGGCUCUCAAGGUCGCCGUACAAACACAUAAAAACAAGAUACACAAUAGAUAACACCAGCAUAAGAGACAUAAACCAGACAAUGCAGUAUAUAAAUCAAUCAAAUAACCAAAUCAAUAAAAACAGAGGAUGUGUGAUGGAUAAUGAUCAGGGUGGAUAAGCGAGUGAGAAGAGAUAUGUUUUGAGGCGUGAUUUGAAAAUGGGGAGAGAGUC